UUUAGGUCUGUUAUUUUGCGUCCAGCCGUCAAGGUGUUCCGUGCUCUUUUCUCCCGAGUCCUUUUGUCUUCGAACAUGGGGAAACGAAGCAGACAGAGGCAGAAAAACCAGAACUCAGGCAGGAGGGACGACAGAGACGGCGCUGCCUGGGGAGCAGGCUACGCUGACAUCGUCAAAGAGAACAAGUUGUUUGAGCAUUACUACAAGGAACAAGGCCUGAUCCCUGAGGGAGAGUUUGAGCAGUUCAUGGAGGCGAUGAGGGAACCGCUGCCAGCAACCAUCCGCAUCACUGGAUAUAAAAGCCAUGCCAAGGAGAUCCUGCACUGUCUGAAGGAAAACUAUUUCAAAGAUAUUCAGGAACUAGAAAUUGAUGGCCAGAAGUUUGAAGCUCCGCAGCCUCUCAGCUGGUAUCCUGACGAGCAGGCCUGGCACACCAACAUGAGCAGGAAGAUCAUCAGGAAGUCUCCCCUGCUGGAGAAGUUUCACCAGUUCCUCGUCAGUGAGACAGAGUCUGGUAACAUCAGCCGACAGGAAGCUGUCAGCAUGAUCCCUCCUCUGCUCCUGAAGAUUGAGCCCCACCACAAGAUCCUGGACAUGUGCGCAGCUCCGGGGUCCAAGACGACUCAGCUGAUUGAGAUGCUUCACUCUGACAUGGACGUGCCGUUUCCAGAGGGCUUUGUGAUCGCCAACGACGUGGACAACAAGCGCUGCUACCUGCUCGUGCACCAGGCCAAGCGUCUCAACAGCCCCUGCGUCAUGGUGGUUAACCACGAUGCCUCCUGCAUCCCUACGCUCCACAUGGACUUUGACGGCAAGAAGGAGAUCCUGUCCUACGACCGGGUCCUGUGUGACGUGCCCUGCAGCGGGGACGGGACCAUGAGGAAGAACAUCGACGUGUGGAAGAAAUGGACGACCAGCAACAGCCUUCACCUCCACGGGCUCCAGCUGCGUAUUGCAGUGCGUGGGGUUGAGCAGCUGGCUGUGGGGGGGAGGAUGGUUUAUUCCACCUGUUCCCUCAACCCUGUAGAGGAUGAAGCUGUUAUAGCAGCCCUGCUGGAGAAGAGUGAAGGAGCGCUGGAGCUGGCUGACACCUCAAAUGACCUCCCUGGACUGAAGUGGAUGCCUGGGGUCACGUCCUGGAAGUUAAUGACCAAAGAGGGCCAGUGGUACUCGGACUGGUCCAAGGUUCCGAGCAGCCGUCACACACAGAUCCGCCCCACCAUGUUUCCACCAAAAGACGUGGACAAAGUGACCAGCAUGCACCUGGAGAGAUGUAUGAGGAUUCUGCCACAUCACCAGAACACUGGAGGCUUCUUUGUGGCUGUGCUGGUGAAAAAAGGCCCCAUGCCUUGGAACAAAAGAUAUCCAAAGUUGAGGAAGAACCCCUCGACGAGCUCAUCGGCCCAAACUGGAGACUCUUCAGCAACCUCGUCUGCAGCGGACACCCCCCACCUCCCCCCUGAUGGCUCCCCCGAGGAGGUUGAGGAAGACUGCUCAGGAGAGAAAGGAGAUGAAGAGCAUGAGGCUCCCCCGGGAGCUGCUUUGGCUCAGGAGGCUGGUGGUAAACAAGGCAACGUGUGCGGACCUCCACCCUCCAAAAAGCUCCGGUUGUGUGUGUAUAAAGAGAACCCCUUUGUGUUCCUAACUGAAGACGACCCUGUCUUCAACACUAUACAGUCCUUUUACGACCUGUCUCCUGACUUCCCAAAACUCAACGUUCUGACCAGAACCUACGAAGGCAAGAAGAAACACCUGUACAUGGUGUCCAAAGAGCUCCGCAACGUGCUGCUCAACAACAGCGAGCGCAUGAAGUUCAUUAACACCGGGGUGAAGGUGUGGUCUCGUAACAGUGACGGAGAAGAGUUUGGUUGUGCCUUCAGGCUGGCUCAGGAGGGUAUCUACAUUCUUCAGCCGUACAUUCGCUCCAGGAUAAUCAGAGUGAGCACGGAGGACAUCAAAGUGCUGCUGACUCAGGAGAACCCCUUCCUCAGCAAGCUGGAGGAGGACGCUCACGCUCAGGCCAAACAAAUGA